AUAUGCUGUUUUCCUUCCUUACUCUUCCUUGGGUCGCCGUCUUCCUCUAGACUCUAGAGACUCCGGUUAGAGAACCAACGGCAACUUCACCGGGAGCCAAAGCACCCGAUUCCUCUGCAGCUUCACCCUCCUCGUUGACCACCCCUCAUCUCGGCCACCGCUCAAAGUCCUCUUCACUAAGGUGCGGCGAUCCCCUAGAACGCCGGCUUGAAGACGGAACCCCCCAUCGCCGCCGCCGCCGCCGAGGACCGGACGACGGCGUGCGCGGGCAGGUGAAGUGGAAUGCGACGUGUGAGUGACCAAGGUGCACUGCAAAUAUGAAACGUUUUGUCUAUUUCAACGAUGAGUCCAGCCGGGAUUUCUACCGUGACAAUCGGAUCUCCAAUACCAAAUACACAUUCUGGAAUUUUAUCCCCAAGAACCUAUGUGAGCAAUUCAGGCGUGUCAUGAAUCAGUAUUUUCUGCUAAUCGCUUGCCUUCAGUUGUGGUCAACUAUUACCCCUGUAAGUCCUGCAACUACAUGGGGUCCACUUGCCAUAAUCUUCAUUGUUUCUGCUUCAAAAGAGGCUUGGGAUGAUUACAAUAGAUAUCUUUCAGACAAGAAAGCAAAUGAAAGGAGAAUCUGGGUGGUAAAGGAUGGCGUCCGUAGACAGGUAAAAGCACAGGAGAUACAUGUCGGAAAUAUAGUGUGGCUCCAUGAGAAUGAUGAGAUUCCAUGUGAUCUUGUUCUUAUUGGAACUUCUGAUCCUCAAGGCAUCUGUUAUGUUGAGACUGCUGCUUUAGAUGGUGAAACUGAUUUGAAAACACGAAUUAUUCCUUCAAUUUGUGCUAACCUGUCACCAGAGCAAUUGGGAAAAAUCAAGGGUGUAGUUGAGUGCCCUAACCCAGAUAAUGACAUAAGAAGAUUCGAUGCUAACAUGCGCUUGUUCCCUCCUACCACUGAUAAUGAAAAAUGUCCCUUAACUAUCAGUAAUACUCUUCUUCAGUCAUGUUACUUACGGUACUCAGAAUGGGCAUGUGGAGUUGCAGUAUACACAGGCAAUGAAACCAAGUCAGGAAUGAGCAGAGGAACUGCUGAGCCAAAACUUACUUCUGCUGAUUCAAUGAUUGACAAACUGACAGUUGCAAUAUUUGUUUUCCAAAUUGUUGUCGUUCUUGUGCUGGGUUUGGCUGGCAAUAUCUGGAAGAACAGUCAUGGUCGCAAGCAAUGGUAUCUGAUGUAUCCUCCGGAAGGACCAUGGUAUGAGUUCUUGGUUAUCCCAUUGCGCUUUGAACUAUUGUGUUCGAUAAUGAUUCCUAUUUCGAUAAAGGUUACUCUUGAUUUGGCUAAAAGUGUAUAUGCAAAGUUUAUUGAUUGCGAUGAUCAAAUGUUUGAUUGGGAAACAAGUACGCCUGCUCACUCAGCUAACACAGCUAUUAGCGAAGAUCUUGGUCAGGUUGAAUAUAUAUUAAGCGACAAAACUGGGACAUUGACGGAGAAUAAGAUGAUCUUCCGAAGAUGUUGCAUAAGUGAUACUCUAUAUGGAGACAACAAUGGAGAUGCUUUAAAAGAUGUUGGACUUCUAAAUGCUGUCUCAAGUAAUGAUCCUAAUGUAGUGAAAUUUCUGAUGGUGAUGGCUCUUUGCAAUACAGUUGUUCCUAUCAAAAGGCAAGUAUACGGCAAUUUAUUGGAGGAAAAAGCAAUUAUGAAUGUCGUUUCUAUGUGCGAUUUAUUUGUUCCUUAUACCUUUCAUAAUUUCAGCAAUGAUGGCACUAUCUCAUACAAAGCGCAAUCUCAAGAUGAGGAAGCUUUGGUCAAUGCUGCAUCAAACCUGAAUAUGGUGCUUACAAAUAAAGACAGCAGCAGUGUUGAGAUUUGUUUCAAUGGCUCUAAAUUUUACUAUGAGCUAUUGGAUGUUCUUGAGUUCACUUCUGAUCGCAAGAGAAUGUCUAUUGUGGUAAAGGAGAGCGGGAGUGGGAAGUUUCUUCUUCUCUCGAAAGGUGCUGAUGAAGCUAUUUUUCCUCGUUCCUGUCCAGGACAAGAAAUAAAGACCUAUCAAGAGGCAGUAGAAAUGUACUCUCAUUUGGGAUUGCGAACAUUAUGCUUGGGAUGGCGUGACUUAGAAGAAGGUGAAUACAAGGAGUGGUCUAAAAAAUUUCAAGAUGCCAGCUGCUCACUGGACAACAGGGAGAAUAAAAUCACCGAAGUCUGUCACAGUUUAGAGAAAGACAUUCACAUUCUUGGCAUCACUGCCAUAGAGGACCGUCUCCAGGAUGGUGUUCCUGAAACCAUUAAAUUGCUAAGGAAUGCUGGAAUAAGUGUGUGGAUGCUAACCGGUGAUAAGCAAAAUACAGCAAUUCAGAUUGGACUUCUUUGUAACCUAAUAACACCUGAGUCCAAUGGUCAAUUGUUGUCUAUCAAUGGAAAAACCGAAGAUGACAUAUUACGGAGCUUAGACAAGGCAUUGGUAGUUAUGAAGACUAGUCCGGAAAGAAAGGAUCUUGCAUUUGUUUUGGAUGGAUGUGCACUCGAAAUAAUUCUAAAGCGUUCUCUGGAGUCUUUCACUAGACUGGCCAUGCUGUCAACCACAGCAAUAUGCUGUCGAAUGACACCUCUGCAGAAAGCGCAGCUUGUUGGGAUCCUGAAGUCUUCUGGUUCUCUAACUCUAGCAAUUGGUGACGGUGGUAAUGAUGUAAGAAUGAUUCAAGAGGCUAAUGUUGGAGUAGGGAUUAGUGGUAGGGAGGGUCUGCAAGCUGCAAGAGCUGCUGAUUAUAGCAUUGGAAAGUUCAAGUUUCUCAAAAGGUUGAUACUUGUCCAUGGUCGAUAUUCAUACAACCGCACAUCAUUUAUUUCACAGUACUCCUUCUACAAGUCACUGUUGAUUUGCUUUAUACAGAUUCUGUUUUCCUUUUCGACAGGGGUUUCUGGAACUAGUCUGUUCAACUCGAUUAGCCUGAUGGCCUAUAAUGUCUUCUACACAAGUCUUCCUGUUAUGACUAUAAUUUUUGACAAGGAUAUCUCUGAAACAACAGUUCUGCAAUACCCGCAGAUUUUACUCUAUUCUCAAGCUGGGAGGCUCUUAAACCAAAGUACAUUUGCUGGAUGGUUUGGGCGAUCGCUGUACCAUGCACUUGCUGUUUUCCUAAUUACAGUUCAUGCAUAUGCUGAUGAGAAAAGUGACAUGGAGGAACUAUCCAUGGUUGCCCUCUCAGGAUGCAUUUGGUUGCAGGCCUUUGUUGUGACGCUGGAUACAAACUCAUUCACCUAUCCGCAAAUCAUCCUCGUAUGGGGAAACUUUGUGGCCUUCUACGUGAUCAACAUAAUACUCAGUGUGGUACCAAGUCUUCAGAUGCACAAUCUCAUGCUGCGCUUGUGUAAUCAACCAUCAUACUGGAUCACCAUGGCUCUGAUUGUAACCGUGGGAAUGGGUCCGGUGCUGGCUCUCAGAUACUUGAGGAAAGUGUUUUGGCCUAGUGCCAUUGAUGUCCUCCAGCAAAUUGAGCAAACCAACCGGCAUAUUGAAACCUCCAGAAAUAUGGAGUCGUCGAGCGGGAAUUAUCUCGAUCAUUUACUAACUGACUUGCGUAGGAAGAAGGGUUCUAUUCAUCAACCUUUACUUUCCGAAUCUGUAGCAUGUAGCAGAUAAUAGCAGUUUAAUCAUGGCAGGUAGCAGUCACCACGUUGUCCUUAACGGCCUACAAGUUUAAGCUUUUAGGCGAUGCAUGAGGCAAUGACGAGUCUAGGAAUUUGCACCAGCUAACAUUAGUAGGCUUUACUGAUCAAUUUUCUGUUUAUAUAGUUGCACUUAACAUGAGACUUUUGAUAUCAGGUCAACAGUUCACUUUGUAAUAAAUGGGUGGCUUAUGUUGUCCUGAUUUUUCUUACCUGAGAGCUC